AUGGUAAACAAAGUAGAAUGUUUAAGUUAUUAUGCUGCUCGUCAAGCAGCUAUAACUCUUUUUAAUGCUAAUGUUCGUUGGAGAAAACUUUCUGAUGUCAAAAGAAAGUUAAAAGAUUUUCUUUAUAAAGAAAAAAAAUUACCAACAUUAAUGAUAAGUCAAAUUGAUUUUAUAAAUGAGCAAAUAUUAAGAGAAGUUCAAAGAUGGCAUGACAAACAUUUAAAGAUAUUUCCUGAAAAUAUAAAAAACAAUCCAAGUGGUUCAAAAAGAUUGUUUCAUCCUUCAGAACAUUUAAGAUUAUUUUAUCCACGAUUAAUAUGGAAAGAAAAAAUUAUUGAAAUUGACGACUAUAAGACAGCUAUAGAAAUUGUUAAGAAUGAAUGCCAAAAUUGGACAUUAAUGGAAUUCCAAUUUGCUGCAUGUUAUAAUAUGAUUAAUAUUAUGGAAAAUGAAAAUAAAUAUGACAAAGUACGUCUACGUACAUUACGUCAACAACUUUCAGAUCAUCCAGUAUAUGAUUUUUGGCUUACCUUAUUAGAAGAUUCAAAUAUGUGGAGAGUAUUUUUUAAUAGAGAAGCAAGACUUUUACGCCAAAAAAGCAGAACAUCCAAACAUUCAAGCCUAGCAAGAUUAACUUGGGACUGUUUUUAUGAAAAAAUAUAUAAAGCUACUUUAGAUAAGGAUGAACAAAGUCUUCCAGAUAGAGCAGAAAAUUAUAAUAAAUUGUUGAUGUUAUUACAAAAUUGGUGUCCUAUAUUAAGGCAAGCUAUGUUAGCAAGAGAAAAUUAUAGAGCUAUAUCUGAUAUGUUUAGAUACAGAAGACAAGAAGAACUUGAACUUUUUACAGAUUAUCUUAAUAGAAGUCAACUAACUGAGGCCAUAAAAGUUGUUGAUAAAAUAUAUGAGAAAAAAAGAAGUGCUAGCAAUUCUAAUUUGAGAGAAAUUGUCAUUAGAAGACAAGCAACAGUUUGA